AUGAGCAGUAAUGAUAAUGAUGAUGGGAUGCUUUUAAAUUUUAGCACAGGGGAUGAUAAUGCCUCCCAAUCCUCAUCUAAUUCUAAGAAAAUUACAGGUGGAAGAUGGAAGGACAGAAGAAAGUUGCAAAUGAUGAUGGAUGGUAAGAAACCUAACAAGAAACGUCAACAUCAAGAUUCUACUGAAGAAUCUGAAACAAGAGGAGAAAAGAGUACCAAAAAGACUAAAGGGGCACAUGCAUCUAAUAACUCCACUAGUAUGACAAAUAGGAAAACUAGAGAAAUUGAUAGUAAACUGGCUCAGAAACAGGUACAGAAUUUACCCAGUGCAGAGAUUGUCUCUUCUCUUUUUACUUCGAAUAGAGAAAUUGCCACAGCUAUCAACACUAAUAAGCAUGAUAAUGAUGUCGAAAUUAAUCCAUCAAAUGCCCCAUUGCAAGAGGAUACGUUUGAAGCAUUAGGUAUAAAAGAUCCAUUAUUGACACAUUUAGACGAAAAAAUGCGUAUCAAGAAACCGACCAGUAUUCAGAAAUUAGUAAUUCCCACUUUAAUUGCAAGCCCCAGAAAUAAUAAUGAUUUGUUCAUUCAUGCACAAACAGGUUCAGGUAAGACCUUAGCCUAUCUGCUUCCAAUAUUAACAUCCAUUUUAAACAUGGAUGCACAUAUAGACCGUAAAUCAGGUGCUUUUGCAUUAAUAGUUGCACCUACACGUGAAUUGGCUUCACAAAUUUACUCAGUAGCUUCAAUGUUAGCCAACUGUUGUCACUACUUAGUACCUUGUUUGUUGAUUGGUGGUGAACGUAAGAAGUCAGAAAAAGCAAGAUUGCGUAAAGGUUGUAACUUUAUCAUCGGUACACCUGGUCGUAUAUUAGAUCAUCUAGAAAAUACUAAAGUAAUCCGUGAUCAAAUGGGUAAUUCAUUAAGAUACUUAGUGUUGGAUGAAGGAGAUAAAUUAAUGGAAUUAGGAUUUGAGCAAACGAUUAACGAUAUUUUAAAGAUUAUUCAUGAGAUCCCAAUUAACACUCAAAAAUUUCCUAAACUUCCUUCUCGUAUUAUUAACGUUCUUUGUAGUGCUACUGUGAAAGGUGGUGUAACAAAGCUGGGUGAUAUUGCUCUACAGAACUAUAAAUUGAUCAGCAACGGUAAAAAGGGUGAGAAAGAUAAUAAAACCAUGACGGCUGUGCCAGAUCAACUAUUGCAACAAAUCACAAUUGUUCCUCCAAAAUUAAGGUUGGUAACCUUAGCCGCAGAAUUGAACAAUAUCACUAAAAAAGUUCAAAGUUCUGAAGAAACAACAAGGACAAUGGUCUUUUUGUCAUGUUCAGAUAAUGUUGAAUUUCAUUUUGAAGUGUUUUCGUCUAACGAUUCUCAUCACAGGAAUCUAGUUGGUGACAGUGUGAGAGUCCUGACAAAAGGAAAUACCAUAUUACCAUGUUUUGACCCAUCUUCAGCCCCUAAGGUUAUCUGUUAUAAAUUACACGGUUCUCUAUCACAACAAAUGAGAACUCAAACGCUGAAACAUUUUGCAACCGAUAACGAAGCAACAAAAGGGAAGCAUUUGAUCAUGUUCUGUACCGAUGUUGCCAGUAGAGGGUUGGAUUUAACCGUGAGUACUGUUAUAGAAUUGGACCCACCAUUUGCUGCAGAAGAUCAUCUUCAUAGAAUUGGUCGUACCGCUCGUGCUGGGAAACACGGUGAAAGUUUGCUGUUUUUGCUUCCAGGUGAAGAAGAAGGUUACAUGGACUAUAUUAAGCAAUAUCAUCCAAUGGGUUGGGAAUUACUGAAAUUCGAUGAGGAUUUAUUAAAACCUGCUUUCAGUGAUAUCAGAGUUGGAAGAAAUGAUAGAACUAAGGAAGAUGCAGAAAAGAGAAGAAAGAAGGAUAAAGAUGAGAAUCUAGAAUGGGACACAAAUGCUACUACAUGGCAUCUAAAUGUGGAAAGACGUCUUCUUGAAGAUUCAUCUUUCAAAAACGUGGCAAUGAGAGGUUACACGAGUCAUGUUAGGGCUUAUGCGACCCAUAUUUCGCAGGAAAAGAAAUUUUUUAACGUGAGAUGUUUACAUCUUGGGCAUUUAGCAAAAAGUUUUGGUUUAAGAGAGAAACCUAAGAGCAUGGGUGCUCUCGGAAGUAAGCAACAGCUAGAGGAAAACGAUGAGCGUAAGAGAAACAAAAAGGAGGACCCAAAAAUGAAAUUGAUACGUAUGGCUCGUAAAGCAGUUCAUCAAAGUGCCAGUGAAUUCAAUUAUUAA